CAGACUAAACAGGCCAACCUCCCCACUCUUCUUUUUUUUUUUUUUUUUAAACUAUUCUACUUUCUUGGUCUAUAGGUCUAUACUGUACUCAUCUUUCACACUCCUUCACAUCAAUGCUCAUCAUCAACCCAUCCUCAAGACUCAUUCCAAGGCAUGCCUCGCUCGCGACCAAGUCCUGCCUCAGACUCGGCCUCCGAUCCCUCUCCGCGGUUGCUCAGUCCGAAAAAAGCUCUCCGCUCUCCUAUGUAAAGGGCGCCACGGUCGAUGCACGCCAGCUGUGCGAGGACCCCAUUGGCAAAUACUGGGACCACGUCGUCGACCGCUUCGGCGACCGCCCCGGACUCGUCGUCAAACACGAGCAGGACCUGCACUGGUCCUUCCGGGAGUUUGGCGAGCAGGUCGACAGUCUCUGCCGUGGUCUCUAUCAAUCUGGCCUUCGAAAGGGAGAUCGACUCGCUAUCUGGAUGCCAAACAACAGUGCUUGGGCAACACUUCAGUACGCUACUGCAAAGUCAGGCAUCAUUCUCGUUACUCUUAAUCCUGCAUACCGCAAGCAGGAAUUACUUCAGACACUGUCGCUGGUAGAGUGCAAGUCGCUCGUCUGCGUGCCCAGCCUAAAGUCGUCCAAUUACAGUAAGAUGUUGCUCGAGCUCCUGCCGGAGCUCGAGUACCAGUCGCCAAAUGAGCUCGCCACCGCGAAUAUCCCUUCGCUUCGCCAAGUCAUCAUGUUCGACAAUGGAUCUGACGUCCCUGAGACAGCUCGCUUGAAGGGCCUAACAAAAUUCCAGGAUUUGUUGGUCAAGAACCGAAGCAUAGCAGUGGAUGAGUCCCUGCAAAAGGAGAGACUCGGCAUCAACAACCGGGACAUUAUCAAUCUUCAGUUCACCAGUGGCACUACAGGAUUGCCCAAAGGAGUAUCCUUGUCGCAUCGGAACAUCCUGAACAACGGCAUCUUUAUUGGUGACAACAUGCGGCUGACAGAAAAGGACCUUCUCGUCUGCCCCGUCCCACUUUUCCAUUGCUUUGGACUGGUUCUCGCCAGCAUGGCAGCCAUGACCCACGGGACUGGUAUCAUUUACCCCUCACAGUCUUUUUGCCCAGAGUCAACCUUGAGAGCAGUUCAUGAAGAGCGUGCCACAGCCCUCCAUGGAGUCCCCACCAUGUUGCUGGAGGAAAUGAACCAUCCCAACUUUAGCAAAUAUGAUCUCUCGACACUGCGCACAGGUAUUGCCGCCGGCUCACCGGUCCCAAUCGAGGUCAUGAAGAACGUGCAGACUAAGAUGCACCUGACGGAGCUCACGAUCUGCUAUGGCAUGACAGAGACCUCACCCGUGUCUUUUAUGACGCGCACGACCGAUGCACUCCAGGACCGGUGCGAGACUGUUGGUCGUAUCAUGCCCCACUUGGAAGCCAAGGUCGUUGACCCACAAACAGGCGAAACCGUGCCUGUCAACACGUCAGGAGAGCUCUGCACGCGUGGCUACUCUGUGAUGGAAGGCGGAUACUGGAAGUCCAAGGCUCAGACGGAUGAAGUUGUGGAUUCAGAGAGCUGGAUGCACACUGGCGAUACAGCCAUUCUCGACGAGCGCGGCUUUUGCAGGAUUGAUGGCCGCAUCAAGGACAUGGUAAUCCGCGGGGGCGAAAAGAUUCAUCCGGUUGAGGUAGAGAACUGUUUGUUCGGGAUGGAGAGUAUUCAGAAUGUGUCCGUCAUCGGCGUCCCCGACAAGCGCUACGGGGAGCAGGUGUGUGCAUGGGUCGCGGCUAAGCAGGGUCAUGUGGUCACUCUGGAGCAGGUCCAGAAGUUUUGCGAGGGCAAGAUUGCGCACUACAAGGUACCCCGUUACUUAUUGGUGGUUGACCACACCGAGUUCCCUACCACACCUUCGGGCAAGAUCCAAAAGAACAUUAUGCGUGAACGCUCUCGUGCGCUCCUGAAUUUGUCGUAGAUGACAAUGACAUCCUAGAAACCUCGGAGAUUGGACGUUAAUGCUGAGAAGGAUGCUGAGAAGUGAAGCUAUUAUAUCAUUAAGAAGGCUCGCCACGAUUUCUUCUAAAGACGAAAUAAAGGGAAGAUGUAUAAUAUGUAAG